AUGUUCGUGAUGAGGCUGUUAGCUGCUUUGGCUAGCACAUUUGCGUGUGCAAAUGCUGUCUGGAUUGACCUGAACAAUACUGAAUCGAUCCAUAAUGCGAGUUCUUUGGUGGCAGUGGGUUUGAUGGAUUAUUAUACUGGUUUGCAAUAUGGUGAGACUAUCGGUAUGUUUUCGGAUCCAUACUAUUGGUGGGAAGCUGGUGGAGCCUGGGGCUGUAUGCUAGACUACUGGUGGUAUAUGCAAAACGAUACUUACAACGAUAUCAUUAUGCAAGCUCUGUUGUACCAGGUUGGUACGCAUAAUGACUAUGUUCCUUUGAAUCAGUCUACUACGGAAGGUAAUGACGAUCAAGCUUUUUGGGGGAUUGCAGCUAUGACAGCAGCUGAGAGAAAUUUCACUAAUCCACCUUCGGAUCAACCGCAGUGGUUGUAUCUGGCUCAAGCUGUGUUUAACACUAUGGCCCUGCGUUGGGAUACAACUUCAUGUAAUGGUGGGUUGAGAUGGCAAAUCUUUAUGUGGAAUACUGGGUAUGACUAUAAGAAUACAGUGUCGAAUGGUGCUCUAUUCAACUUGGCAGCUCGAUUGGCCAGAUACACGGGUAAUCAGUCAUACGUGGAUUGGGCUGAUAAAGUUUAUGAUUGGAUGUAUGGAGUAGGAUUAAUCUCUAACGGUAAUUCGAGAUUUGUCUAUGAUGGUGUUAAUAUUGCUCAUAACUGUGCCAAUAUCACCGGUUACCAGUGGUCGUAUAACCAUGGUCUAAUGCUUUCAGGCUGUGCUUACCUUUACAAUAUGACUAAGGAUGAAAAAUGGGGGAACAGAACAUUUGAAUAUUUGAAUUCUGCUUCCAUUUUUUACAACAACAGCGUGCUAUAUGAAGUCGCUUGUCAAACCGUCAACAAAUGUAAUACAGAUCAACGUUCCUUCAAGGCUUAUUUCACCCGUUUCCUUGGUGUCACAGCGGAAUUGAUACCGCAGGCGAGAGACCAGGCUAUGAAAUGGAUCAACGCAUCUGCCCUUGGGGCCGCGCAGUCAUGUUCUGGUGGUUAUGAUGGUCAUACAUGUGGUAUCAACUGGUUUUACGAUGGUUGGGACGGUAUGUAUGGUCUUGGUGAGCAAAUGUCGGCAUUAGAAGCAUUGGUGAACACUCAGGCACUUAAUAGACCUCCACCAUAUAAUUCCACAAAUGGUGGUUCGUCAACGGGUGACGGUGCAGCAGGUACAGAAGAAUCGCCCACCAACUUGUCACCACUGGAUAUUACCGCAGGUUCGAGGGCGGGCGCUGGUAUAAUCACCUGUGUGAUAGGUAUUUCUAUAUUGAGUUGCGCCUUAUGGUUGAUAUUAUGA